CGCGCCUCCGCCUUCCCUUAUUUGGCUUCUUCCUCCCCCACCCUCUCUGAUGGCGGCCUACUACGGCGGGAAGGCGCCUCUCCUCUCUCCUCUCGCUCUUCUAAAUUGGGCAGCUGGGUCUGGGUCUCUCUCUCUCUCUCUCUCUCUCUCUCCUCGCCGAGGACGGAGGAGGAGCCGUAGAGGGAAGGAAGCCGCCCGGAAGGCCCCGGCGCGACGGAGAAGGUUCGGAUAUUUCUCUCCCUCCUUCUCCGCUCCCACUCCCUCCAAGGUUCCUCGCCGAGUGGCUGCCGCUGGAGAUUGACGGACGGACGGGCGGACGCGCGCUCUUCUCUUCUCUUCUCUUUAGCCGCCGAUCAUUCUCUCCCCCCCUCGCCUUGAAUCGGCGAAGCAUCUGUGCUCGCUCCGGCCGGGGGGAGGGCUGGUCGAUCAGAUGGUGGGUUCCAAGGGGGACGAAUGCGGACGCCCCCGUCUGUCGUAUCCCAAGUGGACUCGGCGAGGCGACCAAAUCGGCUUCGGCCCCGGGCGCGCGCUCUCGCCCUCCCUCCAUUAGUUGAUUCGACGACGACGGGUUUCCUUUGUUUUCCUGCGAUCGAUCAUUGAUUUGUCUCGGUCGGCAGGAUCGGGGAUUGUCUGGUUGCCUGUUUUCACCUCGUUCCUGUCGAGCGGGCGAUUCCGGGAGGGUUGGUUGGUGCACGCCGAAACAGCGGCGAACAUUUCGAUCGAUCAUCGAUCGGUCUCUGUUUUUUUUUUCUUUCGCUAGCCGCUUUAUUUAUUUCUCUCGUUGGUUUCGUUUUCUCCCGUCCCGGCCACGUAAAUUGGUUCUGCCCUUACAUUUGCAACCGGGAGAGGAGACGACGGCCGAUCCUCCGCGUUUCCUUGGAUGCGGGAACAACAGUUGAAUAUCUGAUAUGGAUGAAGCCAUGGGAAGACGAACAGCCAGUGGCCUUCUUGUCACCAAAGGAGGCUCAAUUCUUCUCUUCAGGGAGGAAAGCCCACGCCACAAGGCCAGUGCAUGUUGUACACGGCUUGGAUGCAGCAGUAAGCUUUUCCCAAACAAAGACAGGAAGAUGCAUAAGACAUCUAAGGAAACAUCAGGUCCUCAGAGACCACAGGUUUUGAGGAAAUCCAGCAGGAUGUCCCCUCAAGGAAGUAUUUCUUAUGACGGAAGCACCAGCAGGAAUGCAGCAAGUACUUUUGGUGAGGCUGUUAAUAAACCAAGAAGAAGAGAAAAUGCCGGACGUGAUCUACUGGCCCGGUUGAAAGAAAGGGUCAAUGCAUCAAGAAAGCGUCCGUUGAGUGGAGGGAGUAGUCCCUGCCUAUCAGCAUCAAACACAUCCAACUCUAGCUCCUUAAGCAGUAGCCGAUCUAUUUCAAGAUCGAUAUGUCGGCCAGCUUCGAGAAUGAGAAAGGAUGGAGGAAGAGUUGCAGAAGCUAUCAGGAUGCAUAGAGCCAGAGACAAUAGUGGAAAUACUAGGGAAGAUGUGCGAAGAAAUUCCAACCAAGAUCCAUCAGGGUGUCUUUCUCGAAGCUUGUUCAGACAUAGGAGUGGAAUUCAGAGAGGUCCAGUAUCUUCAUUGGAGGACAGUUUGGAUGAUUCCAAUGAAUACUGGCGCUUUGAUAUGGACGAAAGUGAAGAGGUUGAAGAUUAUGUCUUUAACGAUCGGCAUAGGGGAAUGAGAAUGGACAUUGAUGACAUGUCUUAUGAGGAAUUACUUGCUCUUGGGGAGAGAAUCGGUACUGUAAGCACUGGCCUCUCAGAUGGUGCACUUUCUGAGUGUUUGAAGAGAAGCAUCUUUGUGCCCACAACUUCGACAAGCCAUGAAGAUGGUGACCUCAAAUGCAUCAUAUGUCAGGAGGAGUAUUUUUCUGGUGUGGAGGUGGCCAAGAUGGCAUGCCAGCACUACUACCAUGUCACUUGUAUCCAACAGUGGCUUGGGCAAAAGAACUGGUGCCCGAUCUGUAAAUCCGUCGCUUCUGCUGUCAGCUCAUAGAGUUCUUACAGAAAUAAAGAAACAUAUAUAUAGAUUCAUUAUAUUUACACAGAACUACACUGUAUCUUUUUUGUUUCUAGAAUGAAUUAUUCCUUUCAAUUCCAAGCUGUCCAUCUCGUUCAA